AUGGGAUUGGCUGCCACAUUCUGGCACACUAAUUUGGUACGGGUACCACGAACCGCUUUUAAAACUCUCAUGGCACGAAAAGAAAGUGAUAGGCCAGAAGUCAUAAAACUUCUAAAGGAAGUGAAAUCUGAGUCUUGGUGCAAAGGAAAACAAUUAUGGCCAGAACUUAUUGGUGUACCAACAAAGCUUGCUAAGGGAAUAAUUGAGAAGGAAAAUCCAUCCAUGAAUGAUGUUCCAAUAAUAUUGAAUGGCUCUCCAGUCCCAUUGGAUUAUCGUUGUAAUCGAGUUCGUCUUAUUGAUAACAUUUUGGGUGAUGUUGUACAAAUUCCUAGGGUGGCUUAAUUAAUGGAUUAUUAUUGAAGUAAUUAAGCAGCCACAUGUCAAAAAUAACUAGGGUUCAUGUA